AUGACCGUACCUCAACCAAAGCUCUCCUGGCAAGAUUCAGCUCGCCAGGUCCAGGUAGUGCGUGAUCUCUCCAUAGAGAGCGUUGACCCCGCAAUCGCUGCGUUUCCCGAUACACAUACGGGCAGGGUGAUCGAUUUCCCCAGAAAGCACCUCUCACAGACAGAGAUUGCCAUCACGGAGACUUCGGCUGAGUCCUUGGUGGCUUCGCUUGCAACGGGCAAACUGACGGCAACCGCGGUGACAAAGGCUUUUCUUCGGCGGGCUGCGAUUGCUCAGAAGUUGUCAUCUACUAAGACCAACUGUAUCUACGAGCUUCUUCCUGAACGUGCCAUCGCCCGCGCUCAGGAGCUCGACGACUAUGUUACAAAGCAUGGAAAGCCUUCGGGUCCGCUCCAUGGUUUACCAAUUAGCAUCAAAGCACAUGUAGGCCUUAAAGGACGAGACUUGGCUGCUGGAUUCGUCAGUGGCCUAGAUCGGGUGAGCAAAGACGAUGCAAAUAUUGUGAAGAUUCUCCUAGAUGCUGGUGCAGUUGUUUACGCAAGAACAACGGAGCCACAAGGACUGAUGGCUCUUGAAACUUACAGCAAUAUCACUGGAACCACCACCAACCCACAUAAUACCGCUCUCACGCCAGGCGGUUCUUCCGGUGGAGAGUCGGCCCUACAAGCCCUUUACGGCAGUCCUUUAGGAAUUGGCUCAGACAUCGGUGGUAGUAUUCGCUCCCCUGCCGCUAAUUGUGGCCUCUACGGCCUAAAGCCAUCAACCGGUCGACUACCGCUAAUCGGAUGCGCUUCCUACCUUCUCGGAUGUGAGGCAAUUAUGGGAACACUAGGACCUAUUUCACCCACACUUGGCGGUGUUGAACUUUUUAUGAAGACGAUCAUCGAAGCGAAGCCUUGGGUCAAAGACUCGAUGAUGCUUCCAAUUCCUUGGAGAGACCAGGAAAAGCACAUUCACCAAGAUAAUAAAAAGCUGACCGUCGGAGUAAUGUGGACGGAUGAUGUCGUUACUCCCGCGCCGGCAGUGACAAGAGCCUUGAAGGAAGUGGUGGAGCGUCUUAAAUUGGUGGACAACAUCGAGGUUAUUGAAUGGAAAGCAUAUAAACAGAAGGAGGCUCUCGAAAUUCUUACCAGGCUGUAUGCUCCAGAUGGUGGAAAGGCUUUUGCCAGACAUGCCGAGGCCUCUGGUGAGCCAUUGACACCGCUCACUGCUUGGACUUUGCGUGAUACCCCUGGCAUUGAAGAACUCAGCCACCAGGGCUUGUGGGACUGGACUGGCAAACGAGAGAUGUUUCGCUACAGCUACCUACAAGAGUGGAACAAUGUUGCUCCUGAAAUGGAUGUUAUACUCUGUCCCGCAUUCCCCACGCCCGCCCCCCUUCACGAUACUUCGAGGUACUGGGGUUACACUUCUUUAUUCAAUCUUCUCGAUUAUUCAGCUCUUGUGUUCCCUGUCACCAAGGUGGAUCUCGAGAGGGAUGCCAAGGACACUGCUUACAUUCCGAAAAACGAAUUCGACAGCUGGGCAUACGAGAAUUAUGACCCGGUCAAGCAAAAGGAUGCACCUGUUUCUUUACAGCUAGUUGCUAAGAAAUUCGAGGAAGAAAAACUACUCCAGGCAUUCAAAGAGAUCCAGGAGAAAAUCGGCCUGCCGUUUGUGGAUUGUUUGGCAUGA